CUAAGCUAGCAAAUGUUCACUUAAUGAGUAUUAGUAGUGUUGAGAGUCAGCAGCUAGGCUACUGCGGCUUCUAAUGGGCGGGGGCUUUGAACGUAGCCAGAGUCAGUGAAGAACAACAAGUUCAAGUUUUGCCGCCAAUCGGGGGAAUCAGUCAGCCCUUCAUCAGUUGCUCAUGCAUGGGCUUUACGGCGGGGCUGGGGUUGAUGCUGUUUUCAAGAUCAGCGCUACCUAUGUAGGUUCUCUUCUCGCUGUUUCCCGCCUGUAUUUGCAUGAGAAGAACGGCAGAAUUCUCCAGCAUUUCUCCUCAUGAGACAACCGAUCCAGAUGUCCAUGAAACUUUCUAGCACUCGAUGGAAAUGGGGCUCACAGAGCGCUCGGAUGGACGUUUAUUCUGUGCAGCGGUACUGAUAGCGUGCGGUGUUUAGUUGCGUUUGCAAUGUGUUCCCCACAAUUAUGCCUACGCUAAGCUGCACUGGAGAUAAGCCUCUCAAUGUAGCCGGAGAGUUUUCUAUCAUAUCGGGCUAUACAUUCUCUAGGCUGGCUACCACAGCAAAGCUCCCUAUGCUAUGUUGUGUCCCUCUAUUUUUUUGGCGGCGGCGACGGGGGGAGACACUGAUGCAUAUUCUGACAAAUGCAUACAAGGAGGUACUCCAGCCGCUGCUCCAACGAAGACAACACCCCAUUUUAGCACAACACGCCCUCCUUCAGUCUAGUCCUAUGCAUGUUUAUUAAGGAGUCAGCCCCACUGGGGACUUACUGCCCAGUAAGUGCGUUAGUAUUUGCUGCCUUAGGAACACGAGAAUCUUCGAGCGCUCCUGCUGCAGAGCAGGAAGAGUGACUGCAGAACUUUAGUGAUCCAGUUUGCACAGAACUUUCAGUCGAGAGAGAGAGAUCAUUCUAACAUUCCAAGAUGCAGGAGUCGGUUGCUGCAGAUCCCAAUGCAGUUGCUCCCCCGAGCCACACAACAAACCCUGCAGCUAACCCCCGGCGAAUGCGAAGGAUUAUAGCUGAGGAUCCUGAGUGGAAUCUAGCCAUAGUUCCACAGCUCACAGAGCUCUGCAUCCAGCACAUAAUCAACAACUUUGAAAAUAAUCCUAUCUUGCAUAGUCUUCUUCCUGAGCACCAAAGGAAGGUGCUGGACAAGGUCUCCACAAGUCUGCCCCUCACUGUGACUGCCAACCUGAUUAGUGAUGAAGGCUAUUGGAAACGAUGCUGCACUGAGAGAUGGACAGUUUGUGAUGUGUCCCGCUAUGGAAACAGCUGGAAACGGAUGUUUUUUGAACGUCACUUGGAGAACAUAUUGAAGUUCUACAUUCCAGAUACCAGUAGCCCUAACCAGGUCCUGGAUGUCAUCCCACUCUGCAAGGAAUAUGUGAGGAAGCUAGAAAUCGACCAGUUCCUUCCACCAGUGAAACUAGAUCAGAAGAAGGAAGAUGAAGAAGUCUCUGAUACUGAAAGUGAUGCUGGACUAGAUGAACCUUCCAUGGACCAUUUUGAUAUGAGUAUGCUCGCCCCAGCACUCUGUCACCUAGAGGAACUGCACUUAUCUUAUGGCGUUAAAGAUUGUGGCAUGAAUUUUGAGUGGAAUCUUUUUGAGUUCACCUAUCGGGACUGCUGCUCCCUGGCCAAUGCUGUCAAGAAAUGUCCAACUUUAAAAGUCUUCAAACUGUGCCGUAGCAAAGUGGAUGAUGAUAAAGCCCGUAUCCUGAUUUAUCAUCUAUUAGACCACCCCUCGCUAAUAGAACUAAACUUAUCCCACAAUCUGAUCGCAGACCGGGGAGCACGAGCUGUUGGCAAGCUGAUCAACCGCAGCAAAUUGGUAACCCUUAACCUUUGUGAUAACAGGAUCCGGGCUCAAGGAGCCCAGGCUAUUGCUCAUGCGUUGUCCAAGAAUUCCAUCCUGACGUCCCUAAAUCUGCGCCUCAACUGCAUCGAGGAUGAGGGAGGCCAAGCCAUUUGCCAUGCCCUCCUGGUUAACAGCAUUUUGACAACUCUUCACUUGGGCGGCAAUGAGUUGUCAGAGCCAACAGCCACUCUUUUCUCUCAGGUCCUGGCUCAGAACACUGCUCUGAUUCACAUCAACCUCUCCUGCAACCACAUUGGGCUAGAUGGAGGGAAGCAGCUGCUGGAAGGCAUGACCGAUAACAAGACCGUGGUAGAAUUUGACCUAAGGCUGGCAGAGGUGGGACAAGAGAGUGAAUACCUCAUUAACCAGGCCAUAAAGACCAACCAGGAACUAGCCCGUCUCAAAAGCCUGCAGCAAUUGAACUCUGCACAUGGCCCACAUUCUGUUGAAGAAAAACACCCUGAACUAGACUAACAUUUUAAGUGUUUUUGUUUUCACUUUCACCAUGUUAAAUGCCUAUUUUAUUUUUGCUAAGCAUUUUGCUCAGAAGUUAUUCUUUCUCCUCAUCUGGUUUGAUCUUGGCAGGACAUGGCUUCACUUCCCCCUACCUUUUUCUUGACCUUCCCAUGAAACCUUUGGCACAGCUCCCUAGAUCCCAUGGCCUACUGCCACUGAGCCUGUAACUAAGCCAAAGUGUGGGCAACUGAAAGCAGAUUGCUUCCUUGUUUAUCCCUGCCUCUGUUGUUUCUCUUUGUUGAUUUUUAGAUGUUACACUCCUCAAGGCAAGGAACUCUUGUGCUUUGUAAACUACACCCUGCUGGAGCUACAUAAAUAAUAAUUAAUUAAAAAUCAUUGUGGAGAAGACAAUCUGACAUUCUGCAAACUGAAAAUAAUGGUACUAUAAAAGCAUGACAAGCUAGGCAGAUGAUGUUUAAAACGAGCUAGAUCUAACAUAUCCCUUCAGUACAAGGUUAUUUUUUAAAUGUAUGGAAAUGUUUCAUUAAAGUUGUAUACAAACAUUUCCUCUCUAUUUGCCUCCCCUCCCUGGCACCCCACCCUCUUUCCCCCUUGUUAUCCCAAAGCAAAAGUCCUCCCAGUGACAAGAACAGGACAAAAAGAAAGCGUGAGAGAGAAGGUUAAGCUCCCCCUUUCAUGCAGCAUUUUAAAUCAGUACCAUCACUUUAUAGGGAAUUGGCCAGACCAAGAUUGAGUCCUGCUGCCUUUAUGUCUAGUUGUGCUCUCAGGCUGGACAAGCCUUGGUAUUGUUGUCCACGCACUGGUAACCUCCAGGCUGGAUUACUGUAAUGCGCUCUAUGUGGGCUGUCCUUGAGGUUGGUCCGGAAGCUGCAGCUGGUGCAAAAUGCGGCGGUGAGACUGCUCACUGGGGCAGGGUAUCUCCAACAUGUCACCCCGCUGCUGAAAGAAUUGCACUGGCUGCCCAUUUGCUACCGGGCCAAGUUCAAGGUUCUAAUUUUGGCGUACAAAGACCUACACAGAUCGGGACCAGGAUACUUGAAAGACCGUCUUACCCCUUAUAUGCCCAGUCGAUCACCGUGCUCUGCAGGUGAGGGCCUCCUGCAGAUACCAUCUUAUCAGGAGGUUCCUUCUGCACAAUAUAGGAAACGGACCUUUAGUGUGGCGGCACAUACCCUGUGGA